GAUUAACUGCAAUUACAACGUCUGCACCAUAUUCGCAGAAGGAUAUAUGAAAGAUCAUAUCCUUGGCUUUGGAAGUUAUGCUGACAAUUUAAAAGUAAAACUGCCAGAUGAAUACGAUUUGGUCUUUCGCCUCAAAUUACCGGAAAAUAAGAACAUUAUUGUAAGGGAGGAUAAGAAAAUACCAGGGAACGUCAUACUCGACUUAUCAGAAAUUCUUCGAAUAAUUUCUAAUCAAAGACAACAUGAAUGCACCUAUAAAUUAUUAAAAAAACUAGUAAUUGACGGAAAAUUUCUCUCAAUAAAAUUAUUGCAAAGCUGGUUAGAAAGCCUUUUUACAAAAGUAUUAGCCGAUCUUGACAAAAGAAUUGUUUAUGAUAAGAGCAUCGAAUCAACUUUGUUAUAUAGAAAACAAGGUCCUGCACAUACAAUUUUUAUAAAAACGCCUUAUAAAUAUUCAGUAGAUUUUGUGCCAGCUAUCGUGGUGAGCGGUGAGAAGGCAAUAGUUCGAAGUGUUACACUAGAUUGGGAUGCGAUUCCCAAACCGGUGAAGACCACACAAAGUGAUAUAUCGUUUCGGGCUUCUUAUGAUGCUAUGGAGAAUGAAAUUAUUAAAGAUAAAAACAAUUUAAAGAACGCUUUGAGAAUUAUAAAAAAAUUUAGAGACGUACAUCAAAAUAUGAGUAAAUUAAAGAGUUACUAUAUUAAAACUUUAUUUUUAUGGAGGUCAAAAAGAGAACCACCAUCUUUUUGGAACAAGCCGAUAAGCGUGAUUGUAAUUGAACUCUUCCUAGAUCUUAACAGCAGUUUAGAGAAAGGGCACCUACCCUUUUAUUGGAAUAUUCAGUUUAAUUUGUAUGAUCAAAUUGGGCAGUCUGCACUGGUUGAUAUGAGGAGAUGUCUUGAAAGUAAAAUAUUCGCACUUGAAAAAUAUAAAAAACUGAAAGUAACAACGUUGAACGAUGAUAAUAAAAUAUUUGAAAUGUUUUUAACAAAGCCAGAAUUGAUAAAGUUGGGUAUAAAGAAAGCCCCUGAGACACCUGAGGUGGAAAAGAGUUCUGAAGCAGAAUCGCCAAUUUUCAAAAAUUGUGUAAUAUGUUAAAUAAAUACAUGUGUGAGUAAAGAAAAAAUAAAUAAAACGAAAGGAUU